CCAUUCAUGCGAUAUCGCUGGUGAUCUUGGAAGAGACGAGUGGCAGAAAGCCUCUCUGUGCUUAUAGAUUAUCGGCAGAGGGAUAUUUUUUUACAUUUAUUACAUAUAUAAUUUCCCUGUUUACCUGUCAGUCCAGUUUAAAGAUGCUGCGCGUGAGAUCUGCCGUCUGUCAGUCAUGGAAGGGGUUCAAGACCUUUUCAUGUGCAGCUGUGGAGGUGAAAAACGAACCCAUCCUCGGCUUUAAAGAGGGCAGUAAAGAGAGAGCCGAACUUCUGAAGGCAUUGCAAGACUUAAAGGGAAAGACAGAGGAGAUUCCAUGUGUGGUCGGAAAUGAAGAAGUCUGGACCAAAGAUAUCCGAUACCAGCUGUCUCCCUUCAACCACUCUCACAAAGUCUCCAAAUUCUGCUAUGCUGAUAAGGAGCUGCUAAAUAAAGCCAUUGAAGCAUCCAUAGCCGCACGCAGAGAAUGGGAUCUCAAACCUGUAACAGAUCGAGCCCAGAUCUUCUUCAAAGCCGCUGACAUCAUUAGUGGACCCAAAAGAGCAGAAGUUCUAGCCAAGACCAUGAUUGGACAGGGUAAGACUGUGAUUCAGGCUGAAAUCGAUGCCGCUGCAGAACUCAUUGACUUCUUCAGGUUCAACGCUAAACACGCCAUUGAGCUUGAAAACCAGCAGCCUUUAGAUGCUGAUGGAAGCACCAACACCAUGCUGUAUCGUGGACUGGAGGGGUUUGUAGCAGCUGUUGCACCAUUUAACUUCACAGCGAUUGGUGGAAAUCUGGCUGGGACUCCGACUCUCAUGGGUAAUGUGGUGUUGUGGAAACCCAGUGACACGGCCAUGUCCGCCAGUUACUCUGUUUAUAAGAUCCUAAGAGAGGCUGGACUGCCACCCAAUAUCAUCCAGUUUGUCCCGGCCGACGGUCCUGUGUUUGGAGACGCUAUCACCAGCUCUAAACACCUGGCUGGUGUAAACUUCACAGGCAGCGUCCCAACAUUUAAGCGCUUGUGGAAGCAGGUGGCCCAGAAUCUGGACAUCUACAGGAACUUCCCUCGUGUUGCUGGAGAAUGCGGCGGAAAGAACUUCCACUUCGUGCACAAGUCUGCGGAUGUUGGCAGCGUGGUGACCGGCACCAUCCGCUCAGCAUUUGAGUACGGAGGACAGAAAUGUUCUGCGUGCUCCAGGAUGUACGUCCCAGACUCGCUGUGGCCGCGAAUCAAACAGGAACUUCUGGCCAUACACAAACAGAUCAAACUGGGAAACCCGGUUGAAGAUUUCAGUACGUUCUUCUCAGCAGUAAUUGAUGACAAGUCCUUUGCUAGAAUUAAAGGAUGGCUGGACCACGCCAAAUCCUCUCCGCAUCUAAAGAUUAUUGCUGGAGGAAACUGUGAUGAUACAAAAGGAUAUUUCGUUGAACCCACCAUCAUUGAAACUACCGAUCCACAGGAGAAAAUCAUGAAUGAGGAGAUCUUUGGACCCGUCCUGACGGUUUAUGUUUACCCUGAAAACGACUACAAGAAGGUCCUACACUUAAUAGACAACACGUCUCCUUAUGCCCUAACAGGAGCUGUCUUUGCUCAAGAUAAGACUGUUAUCGAUGAGGCAGCGAAGGUUUUGAGAAACGCUGCUGGAAAUUAUUAUGUCAACGACAAAUCGACAGGCUCCAUUGUGGCUCAGCAGCCAUUUGGUGGCGCCAGAGCAUCAGGCACCAAUGACAAGCCCGGUGGUCCACACUACGUCCUCCGCUGGACGUCUCCACAGGUUGUCAAGCAGACCUAUGUUCCUCUUACUGAAUGGAAAUAUCCCUACAUGGGUUAAGAGACAGCGACUCUUUUCUUCCUCAAAUCCGUUAGUCAAGACUUUAAUCAAUCAAAUGCACAUCGUCUUCUAAUGUCCCAUCUUGCCUGAGAGACUUGCCAAGUGUCCUGAAACUAAAGAGUGACACCUACUGGUGCUGCCCUGAACAUACAAACAUGAAAUGAUUCCUAUAGAAAA